AUGGAAAGCACAAUUCUACAAUGGAAUCAAAUCCCUCGAUAUUUCAAUUUAUAUUCCAUCAUUCUAGGUUAUUCUGGUGUAACAAAAAGUGGAUGCAUUCGUGAAUUCAGAGAAGCAUUAGAAGAAUUGUAUGACUUUCUCUCUAACAACAACAUUGGUAGUCUAACUACUGCACACUCAAUGCUUGAUAAAUUUACAGAAGCUGGGUUUCUUGAUCAAUUACAACAAUCAACAAAUGCCAUCAUCAUUCAAGAAGAAAUUGAUGUUGCUUUAAAACAAAUGAAUGUUUUUGAUAAUGACGCACCGGAUUCAAAUCCUCCAGCUUCAAUUCCUCUGGAGUUGGAGUCGGAUUUAAAUUUCGAAGUCAAAUUUCGAUCUCUAAUAUUGAGCCAUUUUAGGUGCCAAUUACAUGACGGACUCAAUAUGCGGAAGAAAACGAAAGGUUAUCAACAAAAAAUAAGAAAUGCGCGAAUGACCAUUUGUGGUAACAGUACUGGUGUUUUACUAUCACCAGUAUUACAAGACUUUCUUAAACAUGUAAUGACAGAUGGUGUAAUCGUACGUUGUCCGUUUCUCGUAUUAUCAAAGCGUCCAUAUCUACAUCAACACCAUAUCGAUCCAAACCUAACUUUACCAUCUGUUACUCAAAUGUUAAUGACAGUUUUUCUCAAGGGGGAAAAAGCACUUGGUGAGUUUUUGAGUUAA